UGAACCUCACCAUAAACCCAUAAAAGAGCAGUCCCAUUUACAAACAUAAUAUUGAGUUUACUCCCCUGUGUUCUGGAUAACCGUCAUAUCCUGCCAAUUAAUUUCUUAACACGUUGCACUCACUUAAAAUGGGAGGUAAACGAAAACGUAAUACAGCCUUACACGAAUCUGAUGAGGAUGUACGCACUCCUCAUAACCGAAAUUGGCCAGCGGAUCCUGCAUCUCUACGCAGUGCACGCACCUUUCUCCAGUCCCUCACCCAACCAGAUCCACAAUCCAAACCCAUUCUCAUCGUUCCAGAUAAAGAUGUCGACGGGCUUUGCGGAGGGGCCAUCAUAUACCGUACACUCUUGCUCUUGGGCGUACCAGAGUCUGAUAUCAAAGUUCAUUUCGUUGGCAAAGGCUCCAACAUUCACAGAGAUGAUGAGCGGGAAAACAUGCAAUCCGUUCAUGCUAGGGCUAUUGUAGUGGUUGAUCAGGGAAGUCGAAAGGCUGGGCCGAUUGUCGACAAGGACACGAAUACGCUUAUAAUAGACCACCAUCAAAGUGUGGAGUUUCCUGAACAUGCACAGAUUCUGAGCGCUUACGGGCAUGAGCCGGUUGCAACUGCUAGUCUUCUUGCGUACAUUUGUUGUGAACCUCUUCAUCCUUCGGUUCAAAGCACACUCGCCUGGCUGGCAGUCUUGGGCACGGCAGGAGAUCUCGGCCGGUCACAUAAAUGGGUUCCACCUUUUCCAGAUCUACCCUCAGUCGUACGGAGCCAAUUGACAUCGAAAACAAUAGGGGAGCUGGUUGCUCUCCUCAAUGCUCCACGACGGACGUCAUCAAGUGACCCUAGACCAUCUUGGAAUGCACUGAUAAAGGCUCAAGUUCCAUCGGAUAUUACGUCUGGGCAGAGUUCCGAACUGGAGACGCUGACCGCAUGUCGGGCUGAAAUCAAUGCUGAGAUUCAAAGAUGCGCCCGAAUUCCACCAAAAUUCUCACCAGACGGGAAAAUUGCUCUUAUCCGUAUCACUUCAGCUGCUCAAGUUCAUCCAGUGAUCGCUUCCAGAUGGUCAAAUAGCCUCAAAUCAUCAAAACUUCUAUUCGUCAUGGUCGCAAAUGCAGGCUACAUUCCGGGUCGCGUAAAUUUCGCAUGCCGCAUUGCAUCCAGAUCCUCUAGCGCCAAGCAUAUAGAUCUCAUCUCCACCCUUGAAGAAUUUUCUUCUCUUAAAUCUGGGCUGAGAAAGAGAAUGGGCGAUGAAUUUGCUAGAGGGCAUGCGCAGGCGACAGGGGGAAGCGUCGGGGAGAUGGAAUUUGACGAGUUACUCCAAUGCAUGGGGUUUGAUCAGGGGAAGACAACACAGGAUCAGGAGAAGGGUAGUAAACGGGCCAGCAAUAGCUUGGAAAAGUUUGGAUUUACUGUUUCCCCAAAAAAAUGAUAAGAAAAGUAAUUGCUGUAUCCAAAGGCGACAAACAUCUAUUC